GGCAAAGCGGGAGGUAUCGCUACCGACUACACAACUCCGCCUUAAAAUGUCGGCCGUCAUAAAGUGUCGUCGCCGUAAUCUUCCCAAGUCUCAGCCUCCUUCAUAGCUCAACCCCCCCCUUCCCCACUCCCUCCUCCACUCUGUCUCUCUCUCUCUCUCUCUCUCUCUCUCUCUCUCUCUCUCUCGCACGUAGGCGACGACGGAGGGGGGCACCUCUACGGCGGAGAAACCCUAAACCCUUGGAGAUGAGCCUCCGACGACGAUCCAACCCUGCGCCCUCGGGAGGAGCCGUGGAUCCGAUCCCACCACCCUCCGAUCUCCAUCGACGAGGAGGAGGAGGAGGAGGAGGAGGAGGAGGAGAAGAUGAAGAAGUAGCAAACGAACAUCGGAGGAUCUCGUUGUCUUGGCGGAUCUCGAGCGCCGUGUUCCGCUCGGAGAUUAGGGUUUGGGUGAUCUCGCUCACCUUCCGCUUCGCCAAUGCGCUGCUGGUGCAGACCUACUUCAACCCCGAUGAGCACUGGCAAUCCCUCGAGGUCGCCCACCGCAUCGUCUUCGGAUAUGGGCAUCUUACGUGGGAGUGGAAGCAGGGGAUCCGAAGCUACCUUCAUCCUCUACUUUUCGCUUUGCUUUAUAAAAUCAUGGCUUUUCUUCGCUUGGAUACUCCUUUGUUCAUGGUGAAGGCUCCGCGGCUCCUGCAAGCCGUUUUUGCAUCGGUGGGAGAUCUCUACCUGUUCAAGCUUUCUAAACUUGUCUUCAAUGAACAUGUUGCACGAUGGGCGCUCUUUUCUCAGUUUGUGAACUGGUUCAUGUUCUUCUGUAUUACUCGAACUUUAUCAAAUAGCUUGGAAACGGUGCUGACCAUAACAGGACUGUUCUAUUGGUUUUCAUCAAUUACUUCCUCAAAGCAAGUUCCAGUUGCUUCAAGGAAGUUGGCUUUAAUUAUUGCAGCAUUGGCUUGUGCUGUUCGGCCUACAAGUGCUAUAACAUGGCUAUAUGUCGGGUUGCUGGAUCUCAUUGGGAUGCAGUCAAAAUUGCAAUUUCUCUUCCUUGACAUAAUCCCAGUAGGGGUUCUAGUGCUUGCAGCUACAUGCUUAUUGGAUAGGUGGAUGUAUGGGUCAUGGAUUAUUGUGCCUCUUAAUUUCCUUAAAUUCAAUUUUCUUUCUUCCGGAGGGGAUUACUAUGGAACCCAUCAAUUUCAUUGGUAUUUCACCCAGGGAUUUCCCUCCAUGAUUUGGAGUUUCUUACCAUUUUCGGUCAUUGGCAUUAUAAAGUCAAAAGAGUGGAGGCUUUCAGGCCUGAUUGCUUGGGUUUUAGGAGUUUAUAGUGUUCUUGGUCACAAAGAAUUCAGGUUUGUUCUUCCAGUGCUACCUAUAGCACUGAUGUUCUCUGGAUACUGCUUAGCAGCAAUGUCAAAACCUGAUAUGCCAGAUACGAAGAAAAGCCCAGAUAAUCGAACAAUACAUAAAUCAAGGGUGCAACUUGCUGUUCUUUUCCUCGUUGUAACCAAUAUACCAAUGGCCCUAUAUAUGUCCUUAGUUCAUCAGAGAGGAACUGAAGAUGCCAUGUCUUAUUUAUCAGAAGAAGCCCACUAUGGAAGAGUGAAGAGUAUUCUAUUCCUCAUGCCUUGCCACUCUACACCUUAUUACUCCACCUUACAUUGCAACCUGCCGAUGCGCUUUUUGGACUGCACACCCAGUGAUGAUAGGGCAAUCCUGGAUGAGUCGGACCAGUUCAUGUUGGAUCCAGCUGAUUUUGUGACUCACAUGUUUAGGAAUGUUUCUUUACCCAGCCACUUAGUGUUAUUUGAUUCUCAAGAAGUCCAUCUUCGUGGGCUUCUAAUUAGUCAUUCCUUUCAACAGGUAAAGAGAUUUUUCCAUGCUCAUUUCAAAGUUGACCGAGACCUUCAAGGCUCUGUUGUUGUUUAUGCUCGGAGAGAUCUGUGAUAAUUGAUGGCCCGCUGCCCUCUGUCAGGCUUGUCUCAGACUCUAGUCUUCUGACGACUGCUUGAUUUUUUGUAGAAUUCAUCAUUGUAGCUCAAUUCUAGUGAUUUAUUUUUGGAAUCUAGACGAUUUUCUUUCCGAUGUAAAAUUAAAUUUGAAUGAAUAGAAUUUUCUUAUUUUGUAUAGAUACAUUUUAGAAUGUGGUGCUUUAUUGGUGAACAGGCUUGUGUUUUGAAGCCUUAAAAUGUUGUCACCUCUGUAUACCUAACAUGAUUUACUUUUAAACUAUUUGGCUUUCGAGCAAACGUUAAAAAUAUUAUGUGGCCACAUUUAUCUGA